AGGAGGCAGGGAAAAGGAGGGCGGCAGCCGCCGCCAAGAAACAAGAGAGGCGCUGCCGCCCUAAGCAGCCAGCCUGCGCCCAAGUGCCGGUGAGCCUGAAGGCGAGGGAGAGAACCUGCUGGGUGACCUCGCUACAAGGGAACUGACUGAAUCUCUAGGAGGGCGGCUGGCUGCCUCACCCCCAUCCCAUUGUCCCCAUUAAUCGCCUCAGGCGACGCCCAGCCCCGCCCCAGCAGGGUCGAAGCCUCCCCCCUCCCCCGCCCCUUUGUCGCCUCCUCCCGGCCGCGCGCGGCCCCAGCGGGGGCGGGCGAGGGGUGGGGCGAGCCCGGGCAGCAUGAUGGCGGCGGCCGAAGCGGGCGGCGAAGAGGGCGGCUCGGGAGCGGGCGGGGAACCGGGGGUCCACCACCGCCCGCCCGCCGACCGGAGCGCCAAGAGCUCCGCCGUCUUCCUGGGAAGCUCCGGCGUCGGGGGCCUGAGCGCCUCGCCCGCGCCGCCGGGCUCCAGGCCUGCCCCUGCGGAGAUGUCCAAGGGCCCUUCGCCGCCGCUCCAGUUUCCCGAGGAUGGCGGCAGCAGCAGCAGCAGCGUCGCCGUGGCCGGGGGCUUCCCUCCGCUGCCGCCGCCCCCGCAGCCGCCGCUGCCGGCCGGCGGGCUGAGCACGGUGGACGAGGGCGACUCGCUGGACGGGCCCGAGUACGAGGAGGAAGAGGUGGCCAUCCCGCUGAACGCGCCCCCCACCAACCAAUGGUAUCAUGGAAAGCUUGACAGAACUAUUGCUGAAGAACGUCUUCGGCAAGCGGGAAAACCUGGAAGUUACCUGAUUCGUGAGAGUGAUCGAAGGCCUGGAUCGUUUGUGCUUUCAUUCCUUAGUAAAACAAAUGUUGUUAAUCACUUUAGGAUUAUUGCCAUGUGUGGUGACUAUUACAUCGGCGGGCGACGGUUUUCUUCACUUUCCGACCUAAUAGGUUAUUACAGUCAUGUGUCGUGUUUGCUUAAGGGGGAGAAAUUGUUUUUUCCUGUAGCACCUCCAGAGCCAGUAGAGGACCGCAGGAGAGUCCGAGCCAUUCUGCCAUACACUAAAGUGCCAGAAACAGAUGAAAUAAGCUUCCUUAAAGGAGACAUGUUUAUUGUCCAUAAUGAAUUAGAAGACGGAUGGAUGUGGGUGACAAAUCUGCGUACCGAUGAGCAAGGCCUGAUAGUAGAAGACCUGGUAGAGGAAGUUGGACGAGAAGAAGAUCCACAUGAAGGAAAAAUAUGGUUCCAUGGGAAGAUCUCCAAACAAGAAGCUUACAGCUUGCUGAUGACAGUUGGUCAGGUGUCAAGUUUUCUUGUGAGACCCUCUGAUAAUACGCCCGGAGACUACUCUCUCUACUUUCGAACCAAUGAAAACAUACAGCGUUUUAAAAUAUGUCCAACCCCAAACAACCAGUUUAUGAUGGGGGGCAGGUAUUAUAACAGUAUUGCAGAUAUCAUUGAGCACUAUAGAAAAGAACAAAUUGUAGAAGGCUACUAUCUGAAAGAUCCUGUCCCAAUGCAGCAUCAAGGACAAGUACUUAAUGACACAGAUGGUAAAGAAAUUUAUAAUACAAUUCGGCGUAAAACAAAGGACACAUUCUAUAAAAAUAUUGUUAAAAAAGGAUAUCUUCUGAAAAAAAGUAAAGGAAAGCGGUGGAAGAACUUGCACUUUAUUUUGGAGGGGAAUGAUGCCCAACUUAUUUAUUUUGAAAGUGAAAAGCGAGCCACUAAACCCAAAGGAUUAAUAGAUCUUAGUGUGUGUUCUGUGUAUGGUGUUCAUGAUAGUCUAUUUGGCAGGCCAAACUGUUUUCAGAUAGUAGUUCAACACUUUAGUGAAGAGCAUUACAUCUUUUACUUUGCAGGAGAAACUCCAGAACAAGCACAAGACUGGAUGAAAGCUUUGCAGACAUUCUGCAAUUUACGAAAAACUAGCCCAGGGACUUCAAAUAAACGUCUUCGUCAGGUCAGCAGUCUUAUACUACAUGUUGAAGAAGCCCACACACUUCCAGCAAAGCAUUUUACUAAUCCUUACUGUAAUAUCUACCUGAAUAGUGUACAGGUGGCAAAAACACAUGUACGAGAAGGACAGAACCCUGUGUGGUCAGAGGAAUUUGUUUUUGAUGAUCUUUCAUCGGAUAUCAAUAGAUUUGAAAUAAGCCUUAGUAAUAAAACAAAGAAGAGUAAAGAUCCGGAUAUAUUGUUUAUGCGGUGCCAGCUAAGCCGACUACAGAAAGGACAGGCAACAGAUGAAUGGUUUCAGCUCAGUUCACACAUACCUCUGAAAGGUAUUGAACCAGGCUCUUUGCGUGUUCGAGCAAGAUACUCUAUGGAGAAAAUAAUGCCAGAAGAAGAAUACAUUGAAUUUAAAGAGUUGGUACUGCAAAAAGAGCUGCAUGUAGUCUAUGCCUUAUCACAUGUAUGUGGACAGGAUCGAACCCUGCUGGCUAGCAUUUUACUGAAGAUUUUUCUUCAUGAAAAACUAGAGGCAUUAUUGUUGCGAACACUAAAUGACAGGGAAAUAAGCAUGGAAGAUGAAGCAACAACCUUAUUUCGUGCGACCACACUGGCAAGUACACUUAUGGAGCAGUAUAUGAAAGCUACAGCCACGCGUUUUGUUCACCAUGCUCUAAAGGACUCUAUUUUAAAGAUAAUGGAAAGCAAGCAGUCUUGUGAGUUAAAUCCUUCAAAGUUAGAAAAAAAUGAAGAUGUAAAUACUAAUUUAUCGCAUCUGCUGAGCAUCCUUUCAGAGCUGGUGGAGAAAAUAUUCAUGGCUGCAGAAAUAUUACCACCGACAUUGAGGUAUAUUUAUGGCUGUUUACAAAAAUCUGUUCAGAACAAGUGGCCGGCCAACACAACCAUGAGAACAAGAGUGGUUAGUGGUUUUGUUUUCCUUCGGCUGAUUUGCCCUGCCAUUCUGAAUCCAAGGAUGUUUAAUAUCAUCUCAGAUUCUCCUUCUCCUACUGCUGCAAGAACAUUGACGCUGGUCGCCAAGUCUGUGCAGAACUUAGCAAAUCUAGUCGAGUUUGGAGCUAAGGAGCCCUAUAUGGAAGGUGUAAAUCCUUUUAUCAAGAGUAACAAACACCAGAUGAUCAUGUUUUUAGAUGAACUUGGGAAUGUCCCCGAACUUCCAGACACUACAGAAUCUUCUAGAACUGACUUGUCACGUGACCUCGCAGCCCUGCAUGAGAUUUGUGUGGCACAUUCAGAUGAGCUUCGAACACUCAGUAAUGAGCGAGGGGCAAUGCAGCAUGUGCUAAAGAAGCUGCUAGCUAUUACAGAACUGCUUCAACAAAAGCAAGAUCAGUAUUCAGUGUCAAACAACAUCAGGUAGCAGCUUUCUGCACCGGAUUUCUGCAUGGAUCUAGCAUGUCCUAUGACGACUUUCACCAAUCUCACUUCCUUCUUGCUCUUGCCAAAAAUAGCACACACGUUUCACAUUCCCAAGUGAUGUGUGAACUAUGCAAAAAGAAAAAGAUACUGUUGGUGACUGUACCAGCAGCUUUAAGCUAUCUGUGCAGGACACUUGCACUUUCUUCCACUUGGAACCAAUUUUCACAACCUCUGAGCCUUGGUGUACAGAUUACCUUCCACAAAGAAAAUGCUGUGACUGUCCCUUGAACAUUAACGUUAUUUCAGCUCCUUCAAUUGCCAAAGUCUUGCUGCCUUUUGAAAAACUAAAUCUAUAUAGUCAACUGCCAAGGAAAUGUUUUGACAGCAAAGAGUAACUGGAUUGAAAACACUUCUUACUGUAAUUAGACUGGUUUAGGACUGCUCACUCUAACUUGUAUUUACAACUUCCAGAGUUUGAUAGAUCUUUGCUGUUCACUUUUUAUACCAUGCUAUUUUUCUUUAGAGUUGUGUUCAAAGAAUAUGCAGACUGUUUUGUCAGCUUUGUGUCUUGACUAUUUUUUUCCAUCAAGGAUUGUAUAUCCAGAUAAAUCAGUGCUUUUUGUAAAAUGUUUACAACAGUAAAUAAUUUGAAUUUAGUAAGUUUGAUUGGCAUGCAUGCGUUCAUUAAACCAUUUUAUAGCAUA